AUGGCGUCCGGAUAUGGAAUGCAUGGAGGCGUUGGCCGCUGCUUCUCCUUCUGGCAAGAGGUGAUGGGCUGCUAUGUUGUCAACACCUCCUCCGAGGACGACUCCGGCAAGAGGAAGUGCGUUUUAGCACUCGAGGACUACUAUGAGUGUUUACAUCAUAAGAAAGAGCAUGCCAGAGCUUUGGCUAUGCAAGCUGCGUAUGCCCGAUCCGGGGCCGCCACCGCACGAGACGAUGCGCCGAGCGCGAAACAAAUACGCAGUUUGGGCUUACUGGGGAAGGAAGACGAAUCAAAGCAACUCUUGGGGCGUGAUUAG